AUUACGACCUUGACUUACCUGGGAGGGCUGCGAGGGCUGCGAGGGCUGACUAGGGCCAUUGACGAUGAAGCCCUUUCGAGAUACGCUAACACCGGCUAGGCGGGAGGACGAUAAAAAAAACAAGGUAUAGGUUGGUUCUUCCCAUCCACGGGAGAGCAGGGUAUGCUGGGUAUUGUAUACAAGUAGUAGUUCACUGCGCCAUCCGCGAACAUGGGGACAUGGGGACAUGGGGGUUUAUGGUUUGACAUGUCUGGGGUGGAAGUUGGUGGUGGUGGUGGUUGUCGUGUUGGUGUUGUCAGUUCCAGAUCGGACGCAGAAGCGAACGGAACGGUGUGAAUGGUUUAUGUGUGGUUGCGUAGGGUUCUGUAUGGUUCUGAUGUACGGCGGUAUAGCCUGGUCGUGUAUAGUAUGUAGUGCGUAGUGUGAGGUUGUGGUCUAGAUAUGCAUGUGUGUGCGUGUGUGGUGUGUAAUGUAUAGCGUGUACUAAUGUGUGUGUGAGUGUUCGAAGUUACCGGGAACAAUGGAACAAUAUUUGCGAAUAAAACAUACUUUUUG